AUGGUGAAGACGGCAGGCCCUGACCUUAAGCGAUACAUGGACAAACGAUUGAGCUUGAAGCUUAAUGGAAAUCGAAAAGUUUCGGGUGUUCUGCGCGGUUUCGAUCAAUUUAUGAAUGUAACGCUGGACGAGACGGUCGAAGAGGUGUCGGCCACUGAGUCAAAUCGGAUCGGCAUGGUGGUCAUUCGAGGUAACAGCAUUGUUCAGUUCGAGUGUCUCGACCGAAUUUAA